CAAUUGUGGUAUUACUUCUGUGGUGUUUUUUUCUGAGAGUCAUGUGAUUUAGAGAGAUCAGACAUCUCAGUAACAUGCAGAUCCUUUCUGAUUGGCUGACACGGAUCUUACGUAACAUGAGUACACUUAUUUAAGCCCACAAUAUAGUGGAAAAAGAAUACAUCAAGAGUUCAAGAAAACAAGACACAUCUCUGAUAUACUAUCCAGCAGAAACACUCAGUUUGCUGUUCGGAGCACAUUUCCUGAGUCAGAGUUCCAGUGUUCUCUGAGAAACGAUGGCGGUCUGGACUGUCUAUCUGUCUCUCGGUCUUUUGGUCGCUUUGAAUGCUUCAGUGGAAACGCGUCCUGUUGAAAAGAAUAAAGAUUGUGGCACCUGUGAGACAGGAUGGACUGCCUAUGGAUGCAGAUGCUUCAAGUUUUUCAAUGAUCCUCGAAUAAGGUCUUCAGCCGAGUUUGGGUGUUUGAUCAAUUAUAAAGGGAACCUUGCUUCUGUACACAACCAUGAGGAGUACAUUUUCAUAAAGAACCUGAUUAGACGCACAACUCAUGCAUCAACACCUACCUGGAUCGGACUCCAUAGAGUUUCUCAGUAUGCUUAUUGGUUCUGGAGUGAUGGAACCGAAAUUAACUAUAAAAUAUGGUCGCCUGGACAACCCAGUUACGGUAAAGAUGAGCGCUGCGUUGAGAUGAACUCUGCCCAUGGCAACUGGAAUGAUGUGGACUGUGAUGAAAAGAAGCCCUAUGUGUGUGUGAAAUGAACCAGCAUGUGAAGAAUCAAUGUAGAAGAAACAAGCUACUUUGAUUCAUUUACUUUCCAUUAGAAAUGAUGGUAACACUUUACUUGAAGGGGUGUGCAUA